CGAGUCAUGGUUCUGUGGACUGAACUGACCCCACAACAACAUACUAGGAGUCAUUCUGUCGGUACCUUCGUCGACGUGCGGUGAUAUUUGAUUGUCAAUCGUCGAACAACACGUUGCUGCAAGGCUUCCAACAAAACUUUAACCUUAUUUGAUUUUACGCCCUCCUUUCAACUGUGACAUCUCUCGCAUUCUUCACAACGAUCAUCGACUAGUAGCAACCUCUCAUCUAGCGCAUUCAAUCCACUAUUGGAAUACAGGUUCGGACACAGAUGGAGUUCGAAGACGGUACAGCUAUCUGGGCCAGCAGUGGCACGGUACAAGCCCCGCUCGUCGAAAGUUUCAUCAUGGACGACCAGGUGUCCGAGGAAUUCCAUGCCGACGAUGCUGAUAUAAAAGUACGCUCUUCCGAUGGUGUCCUCUUCAAGGUGCAUCAGCGGACGGUCGACAAGUACUCCGAAGGCUUGCUUGGCAAUGGAGUACCGAACAGCCGCGGCGAGUUCGAGCUGAAGGAAAACUGCGAAACACUGGGGCUUCUGUUUCAGUAUAUGUACAGAAAACGGCCCGAGCUCAGUGCAGUUCCGUUCAGCACGCUUCGCAGCGUUGCUGAUGCCGCCGAUACCUAUCAGAUGUACUCUCUCAGUGACAUGUGUGAAUGUCAAAUGAGUAGACAUGCUCGGACAUAUCCUGUGGAUGUCCUUGCAUAUGCGGCCAAACGGAGUCUUGCUGAUCUCGUCGACGAAGCUGCGUCUCGAAGCACUGGCAUCGAUGCCGAGACAGCACUCACAGCGCUAGGUCAGGAGACCUUCAUCCCUUGGGUCUUGUAUCGAGAGACGUGGAAUACAAUCAUUCGCGAUGUCAAUGAUCCUCCGGCGGUCCUGCACAAGGGUGGAAUGCGCACUUGCGAAUUGUGGCACAUGUACUACAUGGCGGUCGCCAACGACCUGCGCGCUUUUGGCCCGGGGGAGGUUCAGGAGGGCGGCCGCGUCUUCGGCAAGUACCGCAGCUCGUUGAGAAGCUGUACACACUGCAAGCUACGAGCAGAAAACUGGGCGAGAGCCUUCGGAUCCGCACCAGGGAGGAUGCCAAAGUUUAGCUCCGUAGUCUCCGAGAUGGCUUCGUAAUGGUUAUAGCACAUCGACAUGUAGUAUAGAAAUUCACAAUGCACGCACGUACCAGCCCCGUCGUAAGUACCAGUACAUAGAUUGCGUCCGACUGCUACUAGUAAGUAUAGUACAUUGAUCGUUCCCGUCAUACGACGGUUGUCAGGAUCUGUGGGUUAUCUUCUUCUGCAAAGUUUGGUCCAGAACGACUCUUUCGCACGACUGUUGCCGAACUCUGUGACAUUCAUUACAUUGGUCGAAACCAUAGGUAAAGUUGCAAUUGGCAUACUACGCUUGUACUACUCCAAUGUCACUACUCCAGAUGUUGCCCAUAUGCAUGCACUCGAGCCUAGGGUACCACACUUCAAAGCUUCACUGACAGACAUGUUGCCAUGCAGUCGAUUCAGGCCCCGUCUACAUAGCCUAGUAUCAAAGUGUUAGUAAAGAUGCG